AGCGACGCUCGAUCGAAUGACACGUACAGUUAGUAAACAAGGAUAGCCAUAAAGUUUUUGUCGAAGGAAAGAAAAGACAAGGAAUAAAGCUAGCUGGCUAACGUUAGUGCCAAGUACGUUUAUGAUCUGCCAAGAUCUCAGAAACCUGACACAAUAUGAACGUGUUUGACCGCAGCAUCAAAUUGGAUGUUCUCCUCAAGUUCUCCCAAAUUUCCCAAUCUACCCAGUUACACCUGAAGAAUGUCUACUCCAGCUUGGCAGUUUGCAUGUUCGUGGCUGCAGCAGGCUCCUAUGUCCAUGUUGUCACACGGCUCUUUCAGGGUGGUUUGCUGACUCUUCUGGGUUCCCUGGGCAUGGUGGUUUGGUUGUCCAUGACGCCACACAACCCAGAGACUGAGAAGAAGAGACUGGCUAUCCUUGCAGGGUUUGCUUUCUUCACAGGUGUUGGUCUUGGACCGGCAAUGGACUUUGUCAUCACCAUUAACCCAAGCAUCAUUGUGACAGCCUUCCUUGGAACCUCAAUCAUCUUCGUCUGCUUCACUCUCAGUGCCCUGUACGCCAAGCGUAGGAGCUACCUCUUCCUAGGAGGUACUCUGAUGUCUGGCGUAUCCAUCUUGUUCCUGGUGUCUGUGGUGAACAUGUUCUUUGGAUCAGCGAUACUCUUCAAGGCUCACAUGUACCUGGGGCUGGUCAUUAUGUGUGGCUUUGUUCUGUUCGACACUCAGCUCAUCAUUGAGAAAGCAGAGAACGGAGACAAGGACUACAUCUGGCAUUGCGUGGACCUGUUCCUCGACUUUGUGACCAUUUUCAGAAAACUCAUGAUUCUUCUUGCCAUGAAUGAGAAGGACAAGAAGAAAGAGAAGUAGAUCCAGUUGAAGUUUCAAAUAAAAAAUGAACUGUGACAAGGAACACAA